UUGCCCCGCUCAUCAUCCAUGGCCGCUCCGCUGCGUCCCGCGCCACCGCCGCCGCCGCCGCCGCCGCCACCGCCGCCACCCGUCCCACACCGCCCGCCGCCCGCAGCUCCACUGAGUCUCGACACGAGUGAUGUCCUGCAGCAGAUCAUGGCCAUCACAGACCAGAGCCUGGACGAGGCCCAGGCCAGAAAGCAUGCUCUGAACUGCCAUCGGAUGAAGCCUGCUCUCUUCAAUGUGCUCUGCGAGAUCAAGGAGAAGACAGCCGUGAACAUUCGGCAUCAGGAAGAGGAUCCCCCUGACGCUCAGCUCCUGAGGCUGGAUAACAUGCUGCUGGCCGAGGGUGUGUCCAGGCCGGAGAAGAGAGGACGAGGAGUGGCGGCGGCCGGCAGCGCAGCAACCCCAGGUGGCUGUCCAAAUGACAAUAGCAUUGAGCACUCAGACUACAGGGCCAAGCUGUCCCAGAUCCGACAGAUUUACCACUCUGAGCUAGAGAAAUAUGAACAGGCCUGCCGUGAGUUCACCACCCAUGUCACCAACCUUCUCCGGGAGCAGAGCAGGGUGAGGCCCGUGUCUUUCUGGGAGAUCGAGCACAUGGUGGGUGUCAUCCAGGGCAAGUUCAGUGCCAUCCAGCGGCAGCUGAAGCACAGCACAUGCGAGGCUGUGAUGACCCUGCGCUCGCGCUUCCUGGAUGCCAGGCGGAAGCGGAGAAAUUUCAGCAAGGAGGCAACGGAAGUGCUAAAUGAGUAUUUUUAUUCCCACUUGAGCAACCCUUAUCCCAGCGAAGAAACCAAGGAAGAGCUGGCCAGGAAGGGUGGCAUCACAGUGUCCCAGGUCUCUAACUGGUUUGGCAACAAAAGAAUCCGGUAUAAAAAGAACACUGGGAAGUUUCAGGAAGAGGCUACCAUCUACACUGGUAAAAUAGCUGUGGAUACUACUGAGGCCCAAGGCCCAGGGCGUCAGGCCAGCUCCCUGUCCACACCCAGCCCUGCUUCCUCUGGUCCCUUCCCACUGCCCAGUGGUGGAGACAUGGUUUUCACUCUGCAGACCCUGGCCUUUCUCCAGCUUCCACCUGGGGGAAGCUGCUUACAGCCCAAGGCCCAUGGCAGCUGGCAGGGCACCACCACCCCUCAGCCAGCCUCAUCUCCUGCUGGAGACUCUGGCAGCAUUAACUCGGAUGCCUCUAAUUAAGUUGUGGGGACCCAGCUGCACACCAUGGAGACCGGCCUUGUGUCCUGACUGUUAUCUCAGAAGCCCCUUGCCGGCCAGGAUGUAAGCAGGGGGAGGCGCCCCUCACCCUCCUGCCUCAGUGCGUUCUUUUAAACAGUAAUUUCAUGGUUGACAAUAGAUUGUUAUUCUAGGGCUUGCCCUGAGCUCCCCAUUAAAGUUUUUGACUUGUUUU